GUGUAGAGAAAAUAAUCACCCCCACCCUCAUCUCCUAAACCUGAGACUAUCGCCCAAGAGGUUCCAAAGACAGCAAAGCUUACCCCCUUUGAGGGCUCUCCACUUUAGGCAUUCAGUCUGUAGGUGCCAUCAGAGAUUCUUCACAUUUGGUUUUUAUUCUCCCGAGAGCUACCUGAUAUGACAGUAUUGUUAACCUAUUUAGUUAGAGAGGAAAUAGAGCCAGGGCUGUUUGGUUACUUGCCCAAGGCUGUAUAGAUAGGGGUAGGGGAGAUUCAAGGCAAGAAUCCAAGUUAUCUCCUGGCCUUAUUCUGAGUUUUUCCAAAGGAUAAAUAGCCUUUGAUAGGAAAAGCAAUUUUCUAUUAAUAAAGCCACUUCAAAUUUUUCAGGAAAUUAUUUACUCAGAUUUGUGACCUAAGGAGAAAAAUAAAACAAUCCCCAUUUAUUAACCAAGGCAGUUCCUGAGAUGCAGCUGAGUUGUUACUUGUUGGAAGAUCUCGUAGCAUGCGGAGAAGCAGAGUUGUAAAUUCCACCCACUUGUUCUGACCAAACUAUUUGCUGGAUUCCCCAGAGACAGAGUCUGACCUUAAGCAGGGUUUAGGUUUCGUGCACUUUCCAGGGACUCCUGAUGGAUGUGCAGUUGUUAAGCAGUAGCACCUUGAACAAAUGAACUUCCUGUAGCAUCCUGGCAGUAUCAUAGAGGAUAUCAUAGAUAAGGAUAUCAUAGAGGAUUCCUUUGUAGCCUCUACUCCAGAUUGGAGGUGACAGCUCCAAAUACAAGUUUAAAAUGAAUGCCUCUCCAGUCAGAACGAAUGUGGCAGAACGUACAGUUGUCAAGACCAGAUGUUCAGGUUAACAAAACCACUGUAGCAUCACACCGCUAUUUCAUUAAAACAGGAGGCCUGCAUUUUGAUGAAACAUAUUGGGAGGGGAAUAAAGAUUAUGCACUGAACCACUGCAUAAAGUGUACGAAUUUAGUAAUUAGGAUCCUAAAGUAAGAAGAAAAUACUCAAAAAAGGGGGGAGGGAGGGGAGAGAGUGUGGAACAAGAGGAUUCAUAGGAUCUUGAAGAGUGGUAAAGUCCUAUCAAGCAUUGUUACAUUCUGUUCCAGUUUAUAAAAAUUCUCACCAGCUCUUAAUUGUCUAGGUUAAGGGCAUAGACUCUCAAAAGUCUUGAAUUUCAUCCUUUGCCCACCCUGGAUACCUUACUGACUGUAUGACUUAUCCUAGUUGGAGGGCCUUGGGCUUGGUUUUGGGAGUCUGAAGAAGGUCUUUCUUUUCCUAGAAUUGGCAAGUACUUACACUUAGAAUUGGUAUUCUCAUAUCCUGAAGAAUAGGAGAGGGGUGGUUCUGGAUCUGGACCCUCCUAAAUAUUGUUAAAAGGUAGACAUGAGAUCUCUUGUCCUUAUAACUUGGGGGGAACUGGAGGGGAGACCUGGAGCCAUUUUCAUCAUAGAAUGAAUCAUGAAGGCUGAAAUGUUGGUUUUUUAAAAUUCUGAAUUCCUCUGGAGGCUUGAAGUAUAAAAGCGCAGGUGGUUAGGUGGGGGAAGGAAGUGGGAGAUCCCAAUCACAUGCCAUAGCUAAAGUACAAACAGGAGUGACCAUUAUCUUGGGAUUGGCAGGAAGAGAUAUAUGUGUUCUGUGCUUCCCACCUCCUGUUUCCAUCUUGACUUAUUUAUAUGUGGUCAUGGUACCUUUAGACCAACUUUGGGUUACAUUAUAGGUGGCUAAGAUUACAUCAGGCAAUCCAGAUUUCUUCCAUUUACUCACACUCAAAUUUAUCCUUCUCACUUAUCAAUUCUCUUGCCUUUUCCUGUUUUUCUUUUUAUGUUUUUUGUUUGUUUGUUUUUUCCUCCUCAGGUGUUCAAGAAUAGCCCAUGGAAGGAUCAUAUGAAGAGGUGGUAAUUAAAGUCAUACAGCAGGCGUGGACAUGUUUGGAUUUCCAACAGCUACCCUGCUGGAUUGUCAUGGAAGAUAUGCACAGAAUGUAGCGUUUUUCAAUGUGAUGACAGAAGCCCACCACAAAUAUGAUCACUCUGAGGCCACAGGAUCCUCAAGCUGGGAUUUCCAGAAUUCUUUCAGAAGAGAGAAGCUGGAACAAAAAUCCCCAGAUUCUAAGACACUACAGGAAGAUUCACCUGGAGUGAGACAGAGGGUCUAUGAGUGUCAGGAAUGUGGAAAAUCCUUCAGGCAAAAAGGCAGUCUAACCUUGCAUGAGAGAAUCCACACUGGUCAAAAGCCCUUUGAGUGUACCCAUUGUGGAAAAAGCUUUAGGGCCAAAGGCAAUCUUGUUACACAUCAGCGAAUACACACAGGAGAGAAGCCCUAUCAGUGCAAGGAGUGUGGGAAAAGCUUUAGUCAACGAGGUAGUCUGGCCGUUCAUGAAAGACUUCAUACUGGACAGAAACCCUAUGAGUGUGCUAUUUGUCAGAGAAGCUUCAGGAAUCAAAGUAACCUUGCUGUUCAUAGAAGAGUGCACAGUGGAGAAAAGCCCUAUAGAUGUGAUCAGUGUGGAAAAGCCUUCAGUCAGAAAGGAAGCUUAAUUGUUCACAUCAGAGUCCACACAGGCCUGAAACCCUAUGCCUGCACACAGUGCAGGAAGAGUUUCCACACCAGGGGCAAUUGUAUCCUGCAUGGCAAAAUCCACACAGGAGAGACACCCUAUCUGUGUGGCCAGUGUGGGAAAAGCUUCACUCAGAGAGGGAGUCUGGCUGUGCACCAGCGAAGCUGCUCACAAAGACUCACCCUUUGACCACCCUCUUCAAAGGAAGUUCUCUUUAUGAAUUAAAAGUUUAAAAAAAAAAAAAAAAACUCAGAUCAAGCAACCUAUCCAAUGCUAUGGAAUGAAUGGAGACUCUUUCAGAAAGACCAUCAUUCGGUAGGGCAAACUGACUUUUCUCCUUUCCCCCAAAUAAGUAUGAAAAAUAAAUGUCUUGUUUAUUAUCAUUA